AUGGGCACAUUGUCCAACCAUGCAUCCAACAAGCCAGCUCGCCGGUUCACCCGACUCAACAAGGUUUAUGUACGAAUGGAGGCCUUGGCCGCAAUGGUUAAAAAGAGUGUCUGCGCCUUGUACACCCUUCAAGCAGAGCUCUAUGCCGCCAUACUGGACAGCAAGUCGGACUUCGCACUUGAAGACACUGGACAGGCUGGCAUCGACCUCGGAAGGAUCAAGGCGGUGUGGGAUUCCAGAAACGAAGCGAUAUUCAGACAGCGUAUUGAGAAGAUGCUGAGUGGAAGAAGCAACAUCUCUGUCACGAUGUGGACCAUCCCAGCAAGAUCCUGA